AAGAGUUCAGCCUGGGUUCAAGGUGUUCAAGAUCGCUUGAAAGCUGGUAAAAGCUACCUUAAGACAAACUUCAAGAUCCGCGUUUCUGAAGAAAGCCAGUGUGCUGAUCACUGCCGGGUAUUUGCGUUGUCUGACCCUGAAGAUCACCUCUGUGAGCAUGAACACAUGAAAUCAUGUCAAAGCUGUGACAAUAUCAAGAAUAUUCUUGAGGAAAUAGAACUGGUAUUGUCAUCAAGAGACCUUCACUUCAGGUAAACGAUUACUGAUACCAUGUUUCAAAACCAAAAACCUAAACUUUCUUGCAGUCAAAACCAAAGAAAGAAGACCGAUUUCUCCCCUAACAGAUUUUAUAUUGUUCAGUUUAUUGUUGAUCGUUUCAUUUUACACAUGUAAAAAAAAUUCUUCACAGGAUAUUACGAAAAGAUAUAGAUUGUAAUUUUACCUGAUCAUGAAGAGUAAGUUUUCUAAUUGUCAUAUCUUAAUCACCUUUUUUUCAAUUGGAAACGGAUGGCUCAGGUGACUGAAAUCUACAGUUGUUUAACUUUGGAAACAAUGCCGCGUUUACUUCAUUAAACAAAGGAUCAGGAAAAAUAUACGGUGCAAAGACGAGCAAAUGAUGUCGCCCUAAAACGUCAAGAAAUUAUAAUUACAUCUUUGAUAACAGAAGGAAACCAUCAACUUUUUUAUUUUGAUUUCUAGAUAUCAAGACGAAAAGGAGGAACUAGAGCAUGACAUUAGUAACGCUAUAGACAAGAUUGAGCGAUGGAGGGCCCACAUCUUAAGAGCAGUACACCAGGACGUAGCAAAGGAUGAUAUCCUCAACAAUAUAACGCCAGAGCAAGCUUUAAUUAUCAUGGAUUGGGCUAUGAAAUUCCUUCCGUUGAAGUAUAGGGAAACGCAAGGAGAGUGGUUUGGAAAGAAAGGCGUCUCUUGGCAUGUCACAGCCGUGAUAACAAAACUGAAGGAAGAGUUUGAGGUAUUUUCUACAAGCAUAUUCCACAUCUGACUAUGGGCAUAUCCAAAACGGUGCAUGAUGCUUUGUCUGUCUCUGUAUGUACUACGCCGCUCAGUGGGAUUAUGCGCAAAUCCUUUUUUGACAACACGGAACUACACUUAUACGAAACGUAGGAAUUGCAUGCCGAAAUUUUAUCUUUAACAGGACACCUGUAGGGAUCUCUUCUCGGAAGAGAUCCCUGUCUGUUGACACUGUGUUGAUUCUCGUGAGCAACCGUUUACAGGAGGUUUGACGGUAUAUUCCUUAAACUACCAUUACAGUUUCAGAUAUUAUAGUAGUUGAAUUUGUGUCCUAAAUAGACGAAAUGCUCAGUUUUCAUCUUAUUCCCUGAGUAACAGUAGAGUUAUCCACAUUCACUUGCUGUACAAAAUAUGGUAAAGGCAAUGUAUAAAUUAGGUAUUGACAGUGGAGGUAGGUUGGUGUCCGCGUGACAGGUUAAAAGCUUACACUGAUUACUUUAUUUGCACAUUCUACUAAGGAAAUAAUUCCUUGAAAUCUUUAGCUAUGAAGUGCAGGAAGAUACGAGGCAUAGUUAUAGUCAAGGGAUGAAACAACAAGUUGACAACAGAUAGGAUUACCAGAAGAGUAGGUAUUUGAAAGUCAGUGAGCUUUCCUGUUGUACUUUAUUUAACCUCAUGGAGCCGAUAGUGUAACAUUAUUUCUUAUGUUCAUAUGUAUAGGUAAGGACAUACGUUCAUCUGCUGGAUCACUACAGCCAGAACUGGUUUGCUGUUGCAUCUAUUUUUGAGAACACGCUUAUGGAAAUAAAGAGGAAGUCACCUGAGAUUGUCGAGGCGUUUGUACGUAGUGAUAACGCUGGAUGUUAUCACUGUGCUCUUUUAUUGCUAAGUAUUCCUGGUAUUAGUCAACGUACAGGUGUAACUACAAGCCGAUACGACUUCAGUGAAUCAAACAGUGGUAAAGAUAUAUGCGAUCGCCAUAUUUCUCCUUUGAAAAGUCAUAUACACCAGUACGUCAAUACAGGAAAUGAUGUCGAGAAGGCAAAAGAUACGAAGAAAGCAAUAGAUUCUUACUCCAGAGUUAGAGGUUGCCGUGCAUCAGUUGUAAAGGUGGACACUUGCGCACAGGAUCUGCAUAAUCACAACUGGAACGGAGUACUGAUGUUUUCAAACUUCAAGUUUUGCGCAGACAGAAUCGGGAUGUGGAAAGCCUUUAAUGUUGGAGAGGGAAAGUUCGUUCGUUACAAUAAGCUAAUGAAGAAAGGCACCAGCCAGGGAAGUACCCGAUUGGAGGUCGUUGAGCCCUUCACAUCCCCGCGUGUGUCGACUGGCUUCUUGUACAAAAAUAGCAAAACGACGGAAAACAAAAGUGAACCUUGUGAAUUCAGUUGCCCUCAACCAGGCUGCAUCAAGUUAUUCAAAACGACAACAGCAUUGCAAAACCACCAGGACUUUGGCAAGCACAUUUUUUGCACCCAAAAGGAUUCCACGCAUGACAGUAUUAAGCGUAAAUGGGCUAACGCAUGCACCAACCUAUGCCCUUCAUAUAUUCCAUCCAAAAAGAACCUUGAAGGAUUGAGCCAAGAAGAGUGCGGAGAGUACCCCACUGCUGAGCCUGGCUGGGCCUUGAAGAAAAACAAGAAGACCGGGCGAUUUUCAGAACAUGUCAAAGAGUACCUCCUUAAACUGUUUCUUGAUGGAGAAGAGACAGGAAAUAAGAGCGACCCUGCCGUUGUUGCCUCAAACUUGAGGUCACUUCGUGGACCAGAUGGCGUAAAAUUGUUUUCUUCUAAAGACUGGCUCAGCGCUCAACAAGUUACAUCAUACUUUUCACGUCUCGCAUCGGUCGCUAAGAGUGGAAAGCUUUCUUUAAACAAGAAGACUGUAAUAGAGGAAGAAGAUAUUCUCGAUGCCCUUGUUGAGAAAGGAGAACGAGAGUCCAUGCGAGAGAAAGUUUUUCACGUUGUGGACUUAUAG